CAUCGUAAGUUUAGUCGUUUUGGAGUUUUAACUGUUGCCUAUCGUUCCGUGUUCGUCGCCUAAGUCUUUCGUUCUGUGAGUAGCCGCUCUUCGCCUUCGCCGAUCAUCUGUGCUGACUAAUCUGUGACUGUGCUUGUGAAUUCGUCGAUAGCUCUGUGUUGGAUUAAGCUGAGAAUCAUGAAGUACGCUGUCAUCGCCCUCGCCGUCGCCCUUGCCCUUCUCGCCGUAGCUCACGCAGCUUCCGAUGCCGGUCAGUUUGUGCCCAGGGCGUUCUUCACCCUGGACUCCGAGGGCCAUCAGUCGAAUGUGCAUCCGGUUAAUGCUCACCUGCUGAAGCGUCUGCGCCGUCAGGUGUUCAGCUCAUCGUCUUCAUCGUCAUCAUCCUCGUCUUCAUCGGGCAAUGGCCACGUUAUAACUACAUCGAACCAGCAGGUGGUCAAUCCUGAUGGCUCCACUUACAGCGGAGGAACCAUUCAACACAUUGCACAACCUGUCGUCGAAAUAGGACAACGCUUCGGCGAGGAUUCGGCGUCGAGCUAUGCCAAGCCGGCAGCCAGCAGCUUUGGAGCGCAGACUACGGGUAGCCAGAGCUACGGCACGCCUCAAGGAGUUGUCAUCAGCUACACGGGCUCCACAGACGCAGCUGGCAACCAGAAAUAUCACGAAACUCAUGGCACCAUCGGCAACGAUGGCCAAUGGAGAUACAACCAGACGAACAUCGUCUAUCCCCGUAAUUAAGAGCAACAGCUCACAGCCCACCUAUAUUUAGAAAUAUGGCCUGUGGCCCAUUGAUGUGUAAUAAGAACUCAAAUUUA